GCGGGUUUCUGGUCAAGCAGACUAGAGAGUUGCACUCAAGUUUUGUAAACGCAAGGUCGUGUCCCCCAGCUGCGGGGUGGAAGUCUCUUCUUUUGGGCAAAAAUGAUGUCCAUAGCCGCUCGUCCCGGGGCUCUUUCCCCGUACUUGCAGGCAACAAAACACACAGUUAAACGUGUGGUGUUCCCUGGAUCUAAGGAGUUGGUGCAUGCUGCUGCUCCUGCAGGAAUCCGCCUUGCCCACACAGAUAUCAAGAUUCCUGACUUUACAGACUAUCGUCGCCCUGAGGUCAUCGACCCCAACAAGUCCUCCCAGGAGAGCAGCGAGGCAAGAAGGGCGUUUUCUUACCUUGUCACAGGAGCAAGCACUGUGGUCGGUGUCUAUGCAGCCAAGACAGUGGUCACCCAGUUUGUCUCCUCAAUGAGUGCAUCAGCAGACGUCCUGGCCUUAUCCAAGAUUGAGAUCAAGCUCACUGACAUCCCUGAAGGCAAAAACAUGACCUUCAAGUGGAGAGGAAAGCCCCUGUUUGUCCGUCACCGCACCGAGAAGGAAAUUGCCACAGAGAUGUCUGUGAAUAUGGGGGAGCUGCGUGACCCAGAGCAUGACAAGGAUAGAGUGAUUAACCCCAACUGGGUCAUCGUCAUUGGUGUGUGCACCCAUCUGGGUUGUGUGCCCAUUGCCAACGCCGGAGACUAUGGAGGCUACUACUGUCCUUGCCAUGGCUCCCACUAUGAUGCUUCAGGAAGAAUAAGAAAGGGACCUGCUCCUCUAAACCUGGAGGUUCCCUACUAUGAAUUCCCUGAUGAUGACACAGUUAUAGUGGGAUAAAUACUGGAGCUCUCUCAGUUCCUCGCUGUAAUAUGUAUUUUUAGCUGGCUCUGUGUGAGAGUUGGGGGUGACAUAAAAUGUAUGUACAAAUAAAGAGACAUUUCCAACUCUG